CCGCGAGCGGGCCUGGAACCUCGGACUGCGUGCAGUGCGCUGGUGGCCUUCCCGACAACAGCUUCUCGGUCGUCCUGAUGGAUGUAGCUCCGCGUUCCUCUGUGGCCUGAUGGCCACGCUGGCGGCUGUAACCGCCCAUGUGAACCACCGCUCGUCCUGCCCCGUGCCCACGACGCCCAUGAGCGACUUCGAUGCCAGCAAGUUCCUCGGCGAGUGGUACGUGAUCCAGAGCUUCGACCCGGACGUCUCGUGCCUCGUCUUCAACUACACCUCGUGCGGCACCGGCUGCCUGAGCGUGGCGGAGACCAAGCAGAUCGACCUCAUCAACCGGAUGGGCGUGUCGCACGUGUACCGGACCGAUGGCACGCUCCGCGUCACCGGCUCGGUGGCCGCCGAGAUGGAGGCCUCCUUUACCACCAAUGCGCGGUCGGCCAUCUACACGGUGCUGGCCACCGACUACACGGAGUUCGCGGCCGUCUACACGUGUCAGAACAUCGGACUGGACGCGCUGCCGCUCUACCACAGGCGCGACGUGUACGUGCUGGCCAGGAAUCGGUCCAUCUCUCUGCGGCCCGACCAGGUGGAUCAGAUCAGCUCCGCAAUGAUGGAUAACCAGAUCGAGGACGAGUCGGCCCUGGUCAGUCACGACAGCUGCAUCUCGGCCAAAGAAGCCACACUGGACCUGAACGCCAGCAAACUCGGCCAAACGGUGUCGAGCGUGGCCACCACGGUUUCUGAGGGCAUCGGCAAGUUCGCCUCCAGCAUCGCCGGCAUCUUCAGCAGCGGCGGCGGCGGCGGCGACGACCCGGCGGCCGCCAGCAUCAGUCCUCUGCGGCGGCGGCGCGGGGCCCACUUCUGAGGCCUGAGAUGGCCCUGAGGGGACCCGCGCGGUAACCCGCCCCUGGGGCCCCGCGGGCGCUUAAUAGGUCUAUCGGAAGGCUGGGCGGCGCGUUCACUCAGUGUGACUGAUUUGAUCACACAGUUGAGCCCGCUGGAGACCCAAGAGCUGGUGAGACCGAGGGUGACUCGGGAGACCGCGGACGAGGGUCGGUCACGACUGGUCUCGUUAUGGGACGACCGACGGAGUGAGUAGCGUCCGUGUCCCAUAGUUAUUAAUGUAUCGCGUGCGACAACAGCGGAAUAGCGCGCGAUUACCAACAGCAUGUAUUAGGAGCACACAACAUCGACUGCCGUUUCCUGUCUGUCUGUUGGGUUUGCUGGAACUGAGUGUGCAUAUAUAUUUACGUCUCCUGGUCUCCUCUGCUUGUUAGAGGGUAGAUGGUGUUAUCAUUGGCCGGAUAUGAAUACAGUAUUGUAUGCACA